GAUUUAAUUGUUCGGGUAUGACGUCAUGUAACCUUAUUUACCCUGGAAGCAAUGGUUUGCAAUAUCAGGAUCCAAACGGACAGAGUUGGUAUUUUGACGAUGCACGUGUGGUAUAUCCAUCUCCAAACUGCUUCAAAUAUAUACCAAUGAACGGAGCAAAGCAGUCAUGUAUUGAUACUCAGCGUGAAUGCGAAAAAGUAGGCGGAAACAUCACCGUAAUAAACAGUUUUCAUGAAUACCAAGCGUUGACAGUGGUCGUGAACUCUAUUAUGUUAGACACAGCGGAAUUUGAUAUAAAAUUCAAGGUUUUUAACCAAGCAGCUAUCAUAGAAUUAGGCCUAUACCUGUAUAAAGGGUGUACAACAUUUACAAUCAAGAAUCUGAUUAACAAAUUUCAAGUCUCGGGGCAGAACACCGAUUGCUUUGCAACUUCUCAGGUAGACGCUAUUAUUUGCGAGUCGUCAGAUGUGAAUAUUGCAAAAAUAUGUCCCAAGCCAGAAAUACCAUCGACGAAAUACGAGCCAAAGGAUCCACAAAAUGAGACAAAGGAUCAGCAAAACAAGACGACAGUCUCUGUUAAGACGACAGCGAUAAUUGCCUCGGUCAUUGGCACGAUAAUACUAAGUUGCUUGUAUGGUUGUAUCCGACAGUAUCAGAGAACAACAAAUCUUGGAAAUGGCACUCAUGUAGUUCAAUAUCAAGUACCUGUUGAAGAUGUACGGCAGACUGAGUUACAUACCACUGUUGCUGUUGCCCAAAAUUACGACCCAAUAUCAGCUAACAAAUGUGUGAACCGGGAUGUAACAGAUAAUAUUCGAUACCAUGAUGCCGAAUUUAAUGUCGCCUACGAAGACACCGCAGCAGCUAAAGCAAGAAGUGGUAUGCCGUGAUACAUCAGCUUGAAGUAGCAACGGUAUACCAGGAUUCAGGCGUUGACAGAAUGAAACAAAUUACACAGAGUGAUCAGAAUUUUUCAGCAGGCAGUUCUUAACCAUUAUGUCAUUAACACGCAGACCGCCAUCUGAAUGUUAAAAAUUUACCGGACGUUGUCAUCGAUAUACCUAAUAAAAAUGUCUAUGCAUGCUGCUGGGAGUCCAACAAAGAGGAAGAAACUAUUACUGCACCCUAACCUAUGUUGAAUUCUGCUCCAUGGUUGAAUGAAAAGCCACACGCAACGGAUCGUUUUUAAGCACGAUCUGUUCAGACUGGGUUCUCAUACGGAAUAGAUUAUCUGUGCAGAGAUGAGUCCUUGUAUUGUUUGCGAAUUUUUGCUCAAAGAUAUUUUAUUAUUAUAUAUCAAAUUCACCUUUAUGACAAGAUUGGUAAUCAAAAUUGAGGAUUAAAAUAGGAAGUGGAGGUGGGGAUAGAAGUACAUUUGAAGGAAGAGUUAAUAGGAAUGAUUUAUUUUGUAACUCAUUAAUCUGUUGAUAGAUUUUACCCUUUUAUACGUAAACUAAUGUUUCAGUAGUUUAGGUGUCAGUCAGGGGCGAAUCCAGCUGGGGAAAGUGGGGGCCUAUUCCCCCUCCCGUCAGUCCCACAGAAAAAUAAUUGAGAACAAAAUUGAAAAGAGCUCAUAAAGGGAGGAAAGAGGGGAAAAGGCAGUGUAGCCAUGAGUUCACCCAGCUAGAAGAGCUAUCCAUGCUUAGUGGUUUUAACGCUCUCGCGUUCCUAACGCCACCGACUCUUAGGGUCCCCUCCAGUGCGCCUACCUAUCGGGUCUUCGCUCUAUAGCACCAUGAGCCAAAAGGGCAUUGCUGAUACACAACGCCAUGUGUCUCUGACAUCGACUUUAGGACAUGAGUCAUAUUUUUCCACUGGUGGAGGGGGGGGGGGUUGAGGUGCCCAGCCGGACGGAACCCCCUACAUUUGUCAUUUUUUUAAUGGAUAAAAUAUUAAAAUUUCAAGUCUGAAUGAGUACCAUUUCCCUCUCCUCCUUAAUUUUGUUCAAAAUUUUAAAAAGAAAUUUAGAAAAAAGGAAAUUUUAUAAUCAAAUUUAGGUACGGGAUUGCAAUUUCCAGUGUCAUAGUCAUACAUUUUUUUUUUGCCUAAGUUGGUAUAGUUUGCUGUAGACAAAAUGGCUUUAUUUAUAUUAAAUAGCAUUGUAAGAAAUUUGCAUUUUAUUUUAGAUUACUUAAUAUAUAUUUAUAUUUAGACCACUAUAUUUACACUGACAACUUAAGGAAUGGAUUCAAAUCUGAAAUAGCAGCGGUUACUACACUAAUAGCAUGUUAUGAUGUUUAAUUGAGCUAGCAAUGGCCGCGCCAUGGCCAUAAAUAAAUGGCAUGCACGCCUGUCAUGAGCAAUAUUUAUAUAGUGUCUUGAUUGUUUUAAAGUUUAAUAUCAACAUAAGUUUGCAUCAGAAACAGAUAUCAGAGACAAUAACAAGAAUUAUUGAGAGGCAUGUUAAAAUACCUGUAGUUCUUUUAUUGUUGUUUCUCAGUUGUUGAUAUCUUUUUGCUAGCCUAAUAAAAUGAGUUCUAAAGCAUCACACAGAAUUUGGCCUAUUAUUAUUUUCCAAUGAUUUACCUUACAGCCGUGAGCCUAUUUCCGGGGUGUGGAAUGAUUUAACACUGAGGGCUGUUAAUAAGUUGGAGAUUUUUCAAAGAAAACCACCACAUGUACGGUACAUUUUAAUACUAUAUACCUUUUUACAGAUGAUUGGUGGUCGAGUCAUAAAAACAGGGGGUUUUCAAGCCUAAGAUCAGUGGCAACGCCAGCAUCUAAAAUCUUGGGGGGGGGGAGGGAAGUGAGGAGGGGAAAGGUACGAUAUUGUCACCGACAAAAGCAAAAUGAGAGUGGUCAGGCGUCCAUUCAAUAUUAAGAAAGUGGUCCAAGGGCAGAGCCUUC